GACGCCACACGUAGUAUACCGGAAAUAAUCAGCAUACAAUCCUGCUAAACGCAACUGAGAUAAAUGCUGUUCGGUUACACAAAGGUUUUAAAAGAUGGGAGUGAAGGGUCUGCAGUCCUUCUUGGAACACUGCUGUCCACAAGCCUGUGUCAAUGUGAACCUGAGGGAAAUGGUCAGGCAGCAUGCAGGCUGCACACACACAUCCAGCCCGACCAGUCCCACACUUGUUGUUGAUGGGAUGGCUUGCUUGCGACACUGGUACACGUGUAAGGACUGGGUCUCUGGAGGGCAGUGGAAGGAAUACAUGGACAUCCUGAUGAACUGGGUGCAAGCCUUUACCUCAGCAGGCAUCAGACUGGUCUUCUUCUUCGAUGGAGUGGUGGAAGAGAAAAAGAGACCGUCAUGGGUUAAGAGGAGAAGGAGAGUGAAUGGGGAUGUGUCUAAAAUAUUCAAUCACAUCAAGGCCCGUGGAGACCAGCCUGGCAGAGAGCUCUUUGGUUUUCCCCCUGGUCUCGCAACAUUUACCAGUUUUGCUCUCAAGUCUUUGGGACAGGAGGUGUUUCUGUCAGUCAUGGAGGCUGAUUAUGAGAUCUCCAGCUAUGCUCGUGAGCAUGGUUGCAUGGGUAUUCUGGGACAGGACACAGACUUCAUCAUAUAUGACAGCGCACCAUACCUGUCUGUCUCAAAGCUACGGAUUGAGAAUCUCACCACUGUCCUGUACGACCGCCAGGCGUUCUGUCGAGCCAUUGGAUUGGCUGUUUACCAGCUGCCAUUACUGGCCUGUUUCUUGGGUAACGAUGUAGUGCCAGAACAGCGGAUGCAACACAUGAGGAACAUUGCCAUGACGACAUAUAGGCAAAGCAGUCCCACUCCUCAGUCCGAUGUUCCCCAUGGACAGAUACUGUCAGCUGUAUCCCAGUUUGUGAGCUCAUUGUGGAGCAGAGAAGACGAGAACAACCUAAUUCCUCUGUCUUUGAAACUGUCACCUUCAGAUAGAGAGCUCAUUGAGAGAGGUGUUUACUCCUACCUAUUAACGGAACAAGAAGCUCAUCAGGAAUGUGACAUCACAACCCCGCCUUCUGGUGCUGUUUUUGAGAAAUACGUUAGUCCGGAAGUAUUAAAAGCAUGCAGGGAGAAACAUGUAGCAGCUCAGGGUUUCAUGGUUUACUGUGUUGUGUCUGAGGGAGUGGUCGACUGUAGCAACAGUCUGGAGGAUGCAGAGGACACUGAACUGCUGCCUCAGGCCCUCGUCUACAAGCGCUGCAGGCAGCACAUCUAUGGUCUGCUGCUGCUGCUGCAUGGCCCUGAUGGCAGCACUGUUGAUCCUCCAGCUGUUAAGGAGUGGUUUGUCUAUCCUGGAAACUCUCUGAAUGAACCUGACCUGGUCCAUCCAAUCCCACUCAACCUGCAAUGCGAUCAUCUCAGCCUGGACCUACUAUGGUUCGGCUCUGGUCCUGAAGUUUCUUCUCUACGUCUGGCAUCGUUUCUUUCAAUUUUUGACUGCCAGGAUUUUUCUGAGUUGUAUGGGGUUGUAGAAGAGCAUCUUUUGGCUGCUCUCUGUCUGAUCACUUACAUAGUCCUCCAGGUACAGACGCUGUCUCAAGAGGAUGUAGAUGCGUACCUGAGUCAGGCUGUUUGUGUGGCGUUAAAAUCCCCUCAGGAGCUGCAGCAAAUCAAGCUGCCUUUCCUCUGCAGCCGAGCCGUGCAGCUGGGAUCCCUGUACGUCCGAGGGCUGAGCCACCUGCUGGGUGCUAACUGUGCCAGUGGCUGUCCGCUGCCCAGCGCUGCCCUCAUGCCUUGGCACAGCUUCGAUGGACGGCUGUUCCACUCAAAGUACCUGCUGGCACAUAGCGGCGCAGAGCAAACUGUGCUGCUGGACGGUGAUUCGUCCUGUGUGACUUUGUUUCUCCGCUUGAGAGAGAAACUUACAGAGGCCUGCUGUAAAAGUGGCAGAGUCCUGCAGUCCAGACCCAGACCCAACACUGCACAGCAACGUCAUAGAACCACACCAGGGCCCAGAUACAGAGACAGACACACAGGUGGUACUUCGGGCUGGAGGGACAGAGGAGAGAGAGGAUAUCAUCAUCAUGGAAGAGGAUGGAGAGGGGCAUCAAGAGGAAGACAAAAUGAAUAUGAAGGAGAGGGAUUAUGGGAGAGAGGAUGGGGUCGUCAUAACAUUGCUCCUCAACAGCCUGAUUUUUAUCCUCAUUACCAUCAUGGUGGUGGAGUCCAGAAUAUAAACCGUCCUCAAAACCAACCCCGAGGCAGGUUUGAUCAGAGCAGGGGAAGAUAUCAAUUGGCUCCAAGAUGGUCACAGCCUCCUGCCUCCUGAAAGUGACACAGAUGAGGAGAGGAUUAAAGGGAGUGUUAACUUUUGGAGUUAAGAGCACAUGAAAGACACAAUGAAAGCAGAGAAGAAGUCAAAUAUCUCUGAACAAACUGAUGAGUGAAUUACCAUCAGGAAUGUUUGUAUAAAGGAUGCAGGCAAAUCACAUAAGGGACAUUAAGAUGAGGUAGAAUGAACAGAUUAAGGAAAAAAAAAAAUAUUACGACAGUUUAGCUUGAAUUGGUCUCAAAAGGCUGACAUAAAAAGAAAUGGUGUGAAGAAGGACUCCCCAAACACACACACACACACACACAUACCAACAAGUGGAUUAACUGUUAAUCCUAAAGCUGUUUUUACAUCUUAUCUUUGAAAAUAAAAGAGCAAAGAUCUUAAAGGCAGUGUUUAUCCACUGCCAAAAUCCCUUUAAAGUAAUGGUUUUAACUUCAGAAAAAGCAGCAUCAGUGUCAAAUAUCAGCUGAAGUGUCAUGAGAUUUACAGUAUCCUAUCAGCUGACAUGGGUCGUGUGUGGCAAUGAAAACAAAGUGAGUCAUGACAAAACGGUAUUAACUGCCUGGAAAAGAAAAGCCAGUAUUUUAACAUUUAACGUGAGCUCGUAUAGUAAGUUAUAAGGUUCUUGUUCUGCAGACUUUGGGCUGUUUUAACUAUUGACACGCCAGAUUCGCUGUGUCUGAAUUUACCCUCAUUUGUUCAUCACUAUAUAUGUCAAAUAAAUGAUGUGGUCUCAUGUAA